AUGAAGCGGAGGGCCAAUGUGGAAGCCCCGUUGCGGCGCAGGGCCGCCACGUGUGGCGCGUGCGGUUGCGCUGCCAGGGGCGUGCCCCGGCGGGCAGCCGGGAACGUGGCGCGCCAAGUCAGACCUCUCACCCCCACGUCGGAGCCAAGUAGGUUCUCUUCCACCGUGGAAGGCGCGAGAAAAGGCGGUCAGGAUGAGCGGUCUGUGGCCAGGCAGCGCGCAGAGAGUGGCUGGGAGAGUUAG